CCGCGGCGCAGUGGAGGGGAGCGCGGGCCCCCGGCCUCUAUUUACUCUUUCAAUCAGUGCGAGUGUUUGCCCCUGGCCGGCGUGCACGCGCGGGUGAUGCGCUAGCCAUGAUCUCGCAGAAGCUGUCGUACGGCGACGUGCCGACGUCCGCGUCGCUGUCCUCGUUGUCGCCGGGCCUCGCGCCCCCAUACGUGAACGGUAUGGGCUGCAUGCCUGCGCAGCCUUACCCAAACCUGUACUCCAACAACAUGGUGGCCGGCAGCUCGUGCAUGGGCUCCCCAGGCGUGGGCUACAGCCCGCCUAGCACCAUGGCGUCCUGCAUGGGCGGCGGCGGAGCUGUGCCCUACGGCUCGCUACCACGCGAACAGGAAGCCGCCUCGCCCACCUCAGCACUGCAGCGAGCACGUAACGACAAGACCUACCGUCGCUCGUACACACACGCCAAGCCGCCGUACUCCUACAUCUCACUCAUCACGAUGGCCAUUCAGAAUAACCCAUCGCGCAUGCUCACGCUCUCGGAGAUCUACCAGUUCAUCAUGGACCUGUUCCCGUUCUACAGACAGAACCAACAGCGCUGGCAGAACUCCAUACGACAUUCGCUGUCGUUCAACGAUUGCUUUGUGAAAGUGCCGCGAACGCCAGACAAGCCUGGCAAAGGAUCGUUCUGGACGCUGCACCCAGACAGCGGAAACAUGUUCGAGAAUGGUUGUUUCUUACGAAGACAGAAACGAUUUAAGGAUGAGAAGAAAGAAUCGAUAAGACAAGCUCAGAAAGCUCACACUGGGCACGGGCACCACGGAGGUUCACAUGAGAAGCGCGGCGACCACUCACAUGAGAAGGGUGGUGUCGGAGGUGGCGCGCCGCCGGGUGGAGAGGACAAAGAGAUGCGUGACGAGCUACUAGCACAGCUACACGCAGCGCCUGAACUAUGUCUGCCCGAGCAUACGCCGCUAGCGCUGGAACAUUACGCGCAGCUAAAGCAGGAGCCCACGGGGUACGCGCCCGCCCAGCACCCGUUCAGUAUCACGCGACUACUGCCUGGUGCCGACACGAAGGCUGACCUGAAGAUGUACGACGUGAACUAUGGGUACGGGCACUCGCCGGCAGACAACUACUACCAGUCGCCGCUGUACCACCACCACCACGCGCACGCGCAGCCGCCCUUGUGACAGUACCCGCUGGCGUAGGCGGGCCGGCGCGCACCCUCGUGGUGCCUGCCGCAGCCGCCCGCGCCCUAGCUGGCCCGCCACGCCACACCCUGGAUAAUCUCAUCUCCUGAUAUUGGACUCCGAGUGAGCGUUUCGUGUUCUGGUGAUAUUACCGCGCCUGCAGCGCUCCCCCCGACCUGACUAUUGUAUAUUGUGUAAAUAUUUGCGAUUAUUUUAAAUGAGUCCAUUUUGUGUGCGUUUUAUUAGUAGGUAUAGAUGUUUAGUGCACGGUGGACGAUGUGAGACGAGUCGGGGCGGGCGGCGGCUGCGCGAAGUUAGGCCUAAAAUGUUUUGUGGAACUUCUAAGAAAGUGUCCUUUAUAGUCAUUACAAUCGGUUGCCCCUUGUAUACCAACUCUUAGUUGAUGGGUUUUGUAUGAAAUUGAUGGAAUGCUAAGUGGGAGCUUUGCCCGCGUAAGUCAGCGUACUCUAGUUAGAUAAAAGUGUGAGCAUAUCGCGAUCAAUACGUUAUCGCUUUGUUUAUCGGUUUUUGUUUAGAUAAAUUGUUUGCGUAGCGCGUUGAUGUCUUUUGCUUAACUACAUGAUUUGAUUGAUUGAAUUAGUGCAUAAAAUAAAUGAGUUACAGAAAGAAUAAUUUGUAAUAUAAUAUUCAAAUUGCUAAUUCUUUUGUGAUACCUCGAAAAUCAAAGCGUAGAGUUGCAAGUGAUAAUAAAAUAUCAACUUCAUUGUUAAGUCAUCAAAAUAAAGGAACAUUAUGACAUCGAUAUUAAAAAUAUUGAUUUACAAAAAAACAAACAAAAACAACGCUACCUUCAGACGCUCCACAAAAAAGUUGAAACAACAAUCAAAAAGUAAAAAAAACAAUCGCUAAGAGUCGGUAUACGACGGAACGAGAAGUGACGUCAUAUCGUGGACGGUUCAACUGUGCAAUGUCUGUGUAACAAAUUGUGUAUAAAAUUUAAAAUAUAUAUAAAAAUAUUAUAUACAAGAUGGAAGAGACAAAGUGUGUUAAAACCAAACUUUGGUUUAAAAAAGAGCUUAAAAUAUUUCAAAAUAUCUUAUCGUGGUAUAUUGAUAAUUCAAUGAUAAAGUAGUGCUUACAUAAAUAUAAAAAUCAGCGUUGAAAAUAACAUAUUAAAUGCCGCAUUACUAUAUUAAAAAAGUGCUCAAAGAAACAUACAAUUCAAAUAUAAAUAUAUAAAUAUUUUAACUUGAAACUGUACCUCUAAAACAUUUAAUAUAUAAAUUACAGUUUAAUUUUAAUACACUCUGUCUCUAUUACGUUGUAUAAUUUUAGCUAGGCGAAAUGGAAUCUGAGUUUGUCAUGAACCAUCGCGUUAGGAGUGUAGAUAUAUAAGUUUUGUAUAUAUAAUAUAUAAGUUUAAUUGUAAAAGUUUAAAUAACGGUGUUUGGUGUAACAUGGGUACCUAUCUCGGCUUCUGCACAUUCCAGUUGAAUAUAUAUUUAUAUGCAAGCAUCGAUUUAGCAUAAGACAUCGAGUAUUUGGCAAGCGUAUGAGGUGAGUUCUAUUUAUAUAUAAUAUAAUUUCAUUUAUUUACAAAUUAAGUUUACAUUUAAAUACAAUUUUCGCUUCAUUUCUUUUCGAUUUAAAUGAAAUUUUUCUCAGUUUCGCGGUUACAGGGUUGAAUAAUUUCCUUUUACAUUUGUUUUUGACUUUUGUGUUAAUAUAAUACCAAUACAAUAACACAAAAUAAAUUCCAUUUUUAAAUCUGUUUCUGAUAACCACACAAUUCUUUAAUAUUUUGCAGUAAGUAAGUACAUUUAAAAACAAAUAUAAACAUUUUUGAACGUAAAUAUUUAUAUAAUCGUAAACGAAGUCGACCCAGAAACUAAUCCUCACAAUUAACACUUUAAAGUGACAAGGAUUCAGUCAAUAGAACUGAAGUAUUCAUAGGCUGCCAAAAUUGACAUAACCAUGUUUGCCUUGACCAUACCGAUUUCGAUGAACCGCCUUGGAAAUAACCUUUACUUACUUACGUAUAGAGGUCUUGCGCACUGUGUGGUUUAUUGGUAUUGGUACCUACAAUCUAAAUAGCCUUACUUAUAUUCAAUGUCUUGUGUAUUUACUGUACUUGGAAUUUAUUAAUGGUUCAUUUAAAGUGCACACUUAGCUUCGUUUCAUUUUAAAUGUAAUUUGUAAAUUCAGUGAAAUGUAACUCGUAUUUUUUGGUUGUAUAACGUGAUUAGAUUUUCGAGUUCGUAUGAAUGUAAUUAUUGCAUUUUGAUUAUAACAUCGAGUAUUUACCUAAAAGUAUCUCAUCGAUACAACAAUGAGAAAGGGAAAAUACCUCUUUCUCUGAAAAAAUAUAACCUGUACAAAUAAUUGUUUUACAAUUAUGUAUAUGAAAGAAGUAGAUAAUAAUUUUAUUAACAUUAAAAGGAAUGGCACAGAAGUUAUACACACAUAAUAUUCUAAUUUUAUUUAUUUCUAACAAACAUACCUUAUUUUUGUAUAAUAAUAAAUUAAACUACAUUUAUUCGAAUUACAUUUUAUAUUAAUUUUGAUUGCUUAUUUGCUCAAUUUAAGUUUUUAGUUAGGUUUAUAAAUAUAAUUAAAUGUACACUUUUGGAACCUCAUACGCUUACCAAAAGCUAUGGUUUUUUAGCACAAUUUUGAUAGAUGUGCUAAAUUAAUUCUUGUUAGUAUAAAUACAUAUUUAUGUCGUACUACUCGAAUCUAGAUAGGAUACUUAUAUAUCAUCUGUUAGUUUCAGAAUUAAUAAAAUUAAGUAUUUACAAAU